GCUGCGGAAGUAGGAGCAGUGAUUUGAACGCUAUUGUUUUUUAGGAGCGUUUUUGCAGAAGAAAGUAGAAUAGUGGGAGAAUACUUUGAAGAUGAUAACGUGUGUUUUUACAUUUUGGAACUACAAUUGGAGCUGAUAAACUAACAGCAGGUGUGGACUUGUCUCGGGACGUCCUGCUUCAAGAUCUUCUAGAAAACAACAAAGUAACUAGAUACUUUUAUUCAAAUCUUUAUUGUAUUUUGAGUGAGUAAAAAUGUACUUUUCACUCUAGUGUUCUAUAGAAACACAGCUCAAGUUUUUGUAUUUUUAACCUUAGUGGCAAAGUUGGUGGUAGUAGUAGUAGUAGUAGUAGUAGGUUAUAGCAGUAGUGGUCAGGUUUUACUUCUACCUAGUUUUUUUUUUUUUUUUUAACAGUAGAAAAGACCAACUGAUCAGUCUAUAACCGUAGUAAUUUAUAGUGGUAAGGACAAGCCGUGACUAUUUUUUGCGUACUUUUACUUCUAUUUCUUAUACUUCUUGCUAUCAACUUCAAAGUCUAUAUUUUUGUAAACACAAUCUUUGCCCCAUAACAAAUGCGUGUAAUCUUUCUGGUCUUUCAUUAUAGCUGUGGGCUGAGAGGGGUGGAGGGUAGUUCAUUUUAGAUUAGAAGAAGUGGGAGAGGAAGGGGGAACGUAAACAUAAACUUUCAAGAUAGGGACUUCUGAGCAGAUCUGAAGCAGGACGGUCCCUCAAAAAGACAUCAAGGCUUAAGGAGGAGCACAGAGGACGAUGAGGGAAUCUACAAACAUGUCCAGGAUUUUGUGUCGUUGCACCAGGACUUUUCGGACCCCCUUGCGACCCCCGUAUCGUCCCAGGACCCUCAUUUUGUUCCCCCUUCUCAUCUUGUCUCUCUGGAGUUACACAGACGCGGCUGUCCAGUCCAGUUUUCGCAGGUUGAGCGGCAGAGAAAAGAAAGAAAUGCAAAAGGAGAUAUUAUCCAUUUUGGGGUUGCCAGGACGACCAAGACCACACCCGCUUCGCCCCCCCUCGUCUGCACCCCUUUUCAUGCUGGACCUGUACCAUGCCAUGUCUGCGGAGGGCGAGGAGGAGGGGAAUGACAUCUUGAUGAAUGGGAUGGGUUUAGGGAGGUUUGGAGCGGUGGAUAAACUGUCCCAGGUGAACCUUGCGGCACUGCCCACUCUGAGCUCACACACCCCUCCCCUCGGAACCGUGGUCACUGACGCAGACACUGUCAUGAGCUUUGUCAACCUGGUGGAGCAGGAACGUGAUCUGUUGCAGCCACGUCCCUACUGGAAAGAGUUUCGUUUUGACCUGACUCCUCUGCCUCAAGGAGAGACUGUGGCUGCAGCCGAGUUUAGGAUCUACAAGAGUCUGACUGUGGGACAGAGGUCCAACCGCACUCUGCACAUCUCAGUGUACGAGAUACAGAGAGACAACAGGAUCAGAGAGCCGGAGCUGGUGCUGUUGGACAUGCAGUCGAUCCCUGCAGGGCAGGAGGGCUGGCUGGCCUUUGACGUCACCUCAGCUGCAAACCAUUGGCUCCUGCGUCCACGGAGCAACCUGGGCAUCCGGCUCUACGUCGAGACAGAGGAGGAUCGCUCUCUGUCUGCGGGCUGGAUCGGGUUGGUGGGACGCAGGGGACCUCGCUCUAAACAGCCGUUCAUGGUGACCUUCUUCAGGGAAAGCCAGGUGCCCUGCCGUCCUCCUCGUGCCGUCAGACCUAACCAGCGACGCAGGAAACCCAAACCCGACCUGCCUAUGCCCAGUAUACACAAUCACACUCCAGUGAACAACGGCGCCCCUUGUCAGAGACAUGAACUCUAUGUCAGCUUCAGUGACUUGGGCUGGAAGGACUGGGUGUUGGCCCCCACAGGGUACUUGGCUUAUUACUGUGAUGGAGAGUGUUUCUAUCCUCUGGGCUCCUGCAUGAACGCCACCAACCACGCACUCAUUCAACAAGUGGUGCACCUGCUGAAGCCAAACGAGGUCCCUAAAGCCUGCUGCGCCCCCACAAAGCUCAGCCCAAUCUCCGUCCUCUUCUACGACGACAACAACAAUGUGAUCCUCAAGAAACAUAGGAACAUGGUGGUCAAGAGCUGUGGAUGUCUAUAGCAACAACACAUCAGAAAUGAACUACAAUGAAAAAACAUUUGAUUUAACAAAAAUCAAGAUUCCGUUCACAGCACACCUUGUAAACUCAUCCAGGAGCACUAACAUUUGAGAGAAGACAAAUAUGAACUGAUACAAGCUUCAGACGACAUCACAACACUAUUGCUUGGUUUCAAAUGCCAUCACAGCAUUCUGUAAGCCCAUAUUUAAUAGAUGCAGAUUUUUAUUGUAAUAUGAGUUGUAGGGUCUAGUCAAUGUAAUCAAUAGGAAAAUCUGGUUCCAUCUGGGAGUACAUAAUCACAUUUUAGAAUGGUUGUCCAGGCAGGGUCCAUAGCAAAAAAGGUUGAAUUCAGUCAACUGGACAAAGGCAUUUUGUUCUUUUUAAUUAGAAAUAGUUUAAAUAAAAUGACAUAAAAUAGUUUCAAGAUCUGUUUAAAAACAUUUGUCCAACCCUUUUAAACUAUGAAUGAUACUAAUAAUCACACUUUCUAUAACAGGGUUCUAUGUUUAAACUACAGAAUAAGCCAUUUACAAUAACACCCCAAAAUGAGUUGCCAUGUAAGUUUGAUGACACCCCAAAGUUUUAAUUUAUCUGUCAACUUGCAAAAUGAUAAGUCAAAUCAUCUGACACAUUUCAACCAAACACACCGACAAUGCAAGUCAUGUUAAAUACAUUGAGUUUAUUCAAAAGGGUAAAAAAAAGUACAGUGAAAUCAAUUAGUGGACAUUUGACUUAUUUUACUAAUGAUUGAAACUAUAGGGACUAAUAACAGUAAUUUGUUCUCAUUGUUAUUGGGCC